UAUUUUUUUUCGUUAGUCCAUUUGUUAUCGUCGUCGGCGCAACGAUAGGAUCACUUCAUAAAAACGGAUCUAAAUUAAAAGCGCUCAUCGGUAAAAAAAUGAAUCAUUUUUAUUUUUGCGAGAAAAAAAAAGAAAUGAAGUGAAUUAAAAGUAAAUUUAAAUCGCUAAUUAAAUAGAGUGUAAAGAAAUGAACCUUUUUUUUCGAACAUUUAAAUAAGAAAUGAUCAUUUAUUCAAGUAUCAUUUUGGAACAAUUUAAUGGAAUUUUCUAAAGCAUUUUUUUUUUUUGAAAUUGAGUUUGGAUUUUUUUAGAAAACAAACCUGCCAUUUCGGAGGAAAGGACUACAAAACCGGAUAUCGUAAAGUGAUAAGAUUUAUUUAAGCUCAACAAACGAUAAAGCAUUUUUGAAAAAAGAAAUAAACCAUUAAUUUUGCAUCAUAAAAAUGUAAAUGUGUGCAAAAAUAUUUUGUGUUUAACAAACCGAUGUGAUUUAAAAUCAUAAUCGUUUUCCCCGAAAUAAAAAAAAAAACUAACAACACAAUAACCGCAUUAAACAAAACCACAUUGUGGAAAAGUUAUCGAGUGCAACGAUAAAAAUGUAUGCACCGAUAUUUUUGUGCGAGUGAGGUGAAACAAAUACAGUGAACAAAUUUUCGGUUACACAAAUCAAAACAUUGUGUGUCAUUUACAUGAUCAAAUCACACAAUUGGCAAAUGCAAGUAGCAGAAAACCGCAUUGAUUGAUUACCAUUGGAUGUGCAUGCACACGAGAUCGAAUCAUCCACAUAUGCCUAUGAUAAUGAUAUGUUGGUGACAUCAUCCACCGUUCUCUAUCACAAUCUUAUUGAAUGACACUCUCAACGGUGGCUAUAAAACAAUUUGACAAAUCAAAUUUCAAUACACCAUACACACACACAACGGGCACAUUUGCACCAGCACUUUAUUUCCACGAAUGAUUUAUCACGAAUCGAAAAACUAAUUAAUUACAUAAAUAACUGUCAUCGAAUGCUGUGUUUGUCGAAUCGGCGAAUUUCAUUGUUGGUGGGUCAUGAUUUUCCUUCAAAAUCGUUUGAAUCAUUAUCAUUAACGAGUGAGUGAGUGAGAGAAAGAAAGAGAAACAGUUUGAUAUUGUGAUCGUAAUCGUGUUAUAGACAUCCAUAGCUAUCAAAGUAAAUUAGAGCAUUUCAAUUUGCAUGGAAACGUAUUUGAAUUGCGGAGUUUUUGUCAUUUAAUCUAUUUUAUUUGUGGCAUAAUGCGCGUAUGCAGAUAAGCACUAAAUUGCAUGCCAAGUAGGAGAUUGAAACGUGUACGUGCCCUCUGUUUCUCAUUCUCCCAACGCCAACCAAAAAACUAAAAUCAAACAGCAAAUUUACACAAAUAAUAACAAAUGUCAAAUACAAAUAUUGAUUAAAUUACGAGGAAAUGAAAUGAACGUGAAACGGGACACCUAAAAAAACAGAAACACAGAAACCAAUUCAAACAGACAACAAAAAAAUAGGAAAUUAUAAUAGAUUAUGGUUAUUAAUCGAAAACAGUGCGUUUUGCAGUGGAAAAAAGAGACGAACACAAAUAUAUGCGUCGCGAGUGAGACACAAGUGCCAAUUACAGUUAUUUUAUCAACUGAAUUGAUAAAGCAAAACCAAAAAAAAAGUUGCACAAACCAAUAACUAAAAUCAUACUGAUUUCGGUGUUAAAUGUGACAGUUUCAUUCCAAUUUUUUCUCCUAUUCGGCUUAUGUUGUGGAUACUUUGAUUUCGAGCUGAGACAUCAAGCGUGGAAAAGUUUGGAUUGAUGAAAAUAGGAGAUUUUUCGAAAGAAAAAACCCAGUGAGCGUAAUAUAAACGAUUUGAAAAAGAAAAAAAAAACUAUCAUCGGCCGUGAAGAAACCGUUCAGUUUUCAACAUAAAUGGCAAUGGAAGGUUCUGAAUACGGUUCGGCACAUUUGCCGUCACCAGCAUUGGUUGUGUUUUCACAAGCCGCCAAUGGGCUUAGUGAAGCAUUACGCAUUCAAAGACCAUUUCAUUCACAGAUUCAAGAUGCCAAGGAUUUGCAUCAUUUAUCGUUAGUUGGUAGUUACGGUGCACAUCUAUUACACGGUUUUCCACCCCAUUUUUUGCAUCCAACUGUGACAUCAGCGAGCUCCGUAAGCAAUCCAUUUAGCAGCAGCGGCGGUGCCUUUGUUAAGCCAUUUCCAUCGAAUUUACCGCUGCCAUCAGCAUUCGCACCACCAACAAAAUGCGUUGGCCUCGGCUUGGAACAGGGUAUUUUAUUCAGCGGAAGUGAAUCAUUUCGAACGGACUCAUCGAGUCCAGCAUGUACAUCACUAUCGCCGCCAGUCAAAGAAGAAUCGCUUGAGGCACAAACAAGCGAAGAAGGCGAUCGUGACCGGAUUUGCAGUCCAGAACGUUCACCAGAAGCACCCGGUUUUCGACCUCCGAAAACAAAUGGAGCAGAGCCGAUAAAUCUUCACAUGGACACAUCUGGUCAUUCGUUAUAUCGUUUUCCAUUUUACAAUUCUUUUAAAAAUUUCCAUCAACAUCAAUCAGCGAUAAAGAAAGUGACAAAUAUCGGAACGCCACCAUCAAAUUCGUGUCCAGUUUGCGGUGUUCAUUUAUUAGCAAAUGAAUUGGAAACACAUUUUCUUGCCGAAUUGGAUCGUUUAUAUAAGCUGAGCUCAGGACCAGAGCGUCAACGCAUUCGUGCCAGUUUCAAUAUGAAUAAUACUAUGCAUAUGAGCAAUGGAUUAAUACAAGGGCCGGACAGCCGAUGGGAGACAUUCCAGCGGAUUCGUACGAAUCGUCAAGGUCGUUUACGUGCAAAAACUCGUAAGCGAAAGGGUGAUUCCGAAUCAGAAUAUCCAGAACACAUUCGAAAUUCGCAAUGUCAAUCAUGUCCCGUGUGUCAUGGACGAUUGCAACGUACUCCCGAAGAAAUUGCACAGCAUGUUGAAGAUUGCUUGCGAAAGAGUGGCCAGUCGCGAUCAGAAGAAGAAGAUGAAACAGUUGACGUUGAAAGCUAUGGUGACGAAACGGCCAGCAGCGCAAUGAAUUUGGCCGCUGCACAAAAUAAUAACAACAAUAAUAAUAAUAUCACAAAAAUGGAUUCGAUUCGAUCAACGAUGCGUUCAAUGCCGUUCACUAGUAGUGGUGGCGGUAUGCCAUCAGAAGAGCAUAUGAUAACAUCACGCAAUAGCAUUUGGCAACAGCACACAAAACAUCGAAUGGGACCAAGUCCACCUAGUAUGGGUGCACCAAACUUAGUAAAUUCAAUGCCAGCUAUUGGGUGUGGACCACCGCCAACGAUGUUUCCAGUAAGUGAAUCUGGUGCACCAACCAGCAGCGAUCAAAUCAACGAAUAUGUUGAUCGUACGUCUGAAUCACCAAAUGCCCGAAUGUCAACACAGGAUCGAAAUCGAAUUACCGUUAUCGGUGGCGGUGAUAUGUCGAAAGGAAGUGGACGCGAUUUAAAAAAUGGCGGUGCUGAAACAACACACAAUACAUGCGAUAAUGAUAAUGACGAAGAAGUGAUUGUUACAAAUGAUGAAGACGAAUGCCCGAAAAAGAUGCAACCAUCAACAAAAGAUCUCAAACGCAACGAUAAAAAUAGUGCGGAAGAGGCCGUAUCAUCGAUGGAAAUCGACUCGUCGGCAAACGAUUUGUCAAAUCAUAAAGCGCUGAUAACAUCACCCGAUUCGUAUGUUAGCACAACCAACGAACCAACUGAGCCAGCAUCACGUGCCCAAGUGCUGGAAGAGUUACGCGCCAGAAUACGGGAACUCGAGGGAUCACCGCUCAAACUGCGAGGUCACGAAGAAGAACACUACAAAUGCUACAUAUGAUUCUAAAAAGCCAUGCCCACAAUGUAAGAUUGUUACAUCAUCAAACGAGCUUCGAAAGAUUCAUGUUCAAAACUAAAAACACACGAAUGAUAUAUAUAUGUGUAUCUGUCCCUAAAUCAAGCAAACCAAUUUGCAUUUAAGUAUUGUCUGUGUGCGUAUGUAAAACUUAAAAUGGAAUGGUAAACUGAUAUCAGUCUUUUGGCAUCAAGGAUAAUAUGUGUACGUAAAAUAAAUGAAAAGUUAUACAUUUUAAGCAUAGCAAAUAUAAAUAUAUAGUUUAACGACAAAAUAAUGACACAAACACACACACAAACUAAAGUUAGUUUAAAAAAAAAACCGAAAACUAUAUCCACAAUUAAUUCAGACUAACCAAAUCGACACAAACAACAAAUUAACUGUUUAUAACAUUUUAUUCUUAGACUUAUGAUAAUUUAACAGAUAUAAUUAGUGUUUAUUUUAGAGUUUCAGCGGUGAGAAGAGUCGUCGAAUAGUAUUUGAAAUGAUUUUGUCAAUUGUGAGAAUAGAAAGAGAGUAAAACAGGACUUUAAACAAUAAAAUUGGAUCUGAUAUUGAAAUAAAAUGCAAAAUUUGUUAAUUAGGUGUAAUGAAAAGUGAAUUCUAUCGUUAAAAUCAAAAUUUAGCUCAACUUAAUCGUCCCAAGUAUCAAACAAUCAUCUCUUUCUCUCUCGAUUAUUUGGUUUUAUGCUCAAGCAGUUUUGAAAGCAUGUGUACUUCACACUUAUUUUCUUCUAAAUCUUCGGGUGAGUUCCAAUUCCAAACGCUGUGGCAAAAGGUACACUCUCAUGCUAACCAUGUCCAAAUUAUUCAAAACUAAAAACGAUAUAUUGUGCAAUAUACUAAAGUAAUUUAAAGAAGAAAAAAAAAACUAGAAAUUAAACGGAAGAAUGAAAAGCACAGUUAAUGUGUAAGUAACGAUGGCAAGGUUUGCAAAAGUAUAAGAAAUUUUCUUUAAAAGAUUCUCUCUCAUAUUUUUUUGUUUUGAUUUGGUUUGAAAUUAAGUCAUGAUUUUUUAAUUAUCAAGUAUGUUUUUUUCUUAAGUAUACGUAAUACUUCUUAAUUUCCUCUCUGUCCAAUGAGCCUUUCAUUCUUCGAAUGUUGUUUUGCUGCCAGUUCUAUAUUUCAAUUUUGUCUAUAUUCAAAAAGUGAAAUCAGCACAAAUAUAUAUUCUAUGCAACAUUUUCUUUGCAACGCAUCCUGCUCCAACGCCUGCCGCUGUUAUGUGUGUGCUUUUUUCUCUCGUUCUUGUCGAUUAAUUGCGCGCAUGUUAUGUGCUCCCCAGUGUUUACGAAUAUAAUAAUAAAACUAAAUUAUUAAAAUAUAACUGGAUUGGGCGGUGCUCGGUGCCUUUUCUUCAGUACCCGCCUCUGCACACAGUUAAAACAAAUAAUGAACGAAUGAAUAUAUAAAAUACACAUGAAAAAAUGCCCAACAUCAUCACUCGUCGACAAAAUUCACACGCGAGAGAGAUAUUCGAUAAAAAGAAAGUAAACAUGGAGAGAGCAGCCGCAUUUGAAGGCAGAAAAAGGUUGAACAAGUAAGCGCUUUGAAGUUAAAAAGCACACAAAUACACACACACACACACUGCAUAAAUUAUAGACUGAUGGAAAUUUAUUCAUCAUUUUAAAAUGCGGCACAUAAAACUGUCUAUAAUAUUUGGUCGAUUGCUGUUUUGCAUAUGGCUAACAUUGGCGUUUUUUGUUUUUUUUUUAACUCUUCUUUAUUUUAAAUGAAAAUAAACGACUAACGCUACUGAACUGUCAUUUAACAUGUUCGCUCACACUAACUCAAUUGCAAGAGCAGCCACAAGACAAUUCAAGUGGGAGAAAGAUUUUGUUGACAGUUCAUAUGAUAGUGUAGGAAAUGGUUAAUCGUUCUUUUAAGUUGAUAGCAUUUUAAGAGUAAAUAAAAUCAAGCGAAUACGGUAAAAUGUUGCUAAUAUGGUGAAGUUUUGGCUUAAAAAUUAGUAAUUAUUUUCGAAUUAUUUGGCAGAGGUUUAAAAAAAAUGCCAUUAUUUCUAGACAAUUCAUCGGUUUGAUUCAUUUCAAAUUCAUUUUCUACUUUUUCUUUUGAACUAGCACAUUUUUUGUACUUUAAUUUUUUUUUAUUCCUUUUUUUUAAGAACGAGCAAACUAUUCAAUUUUUAUAGUAUUUUUAGGUAUUAUGUAUGUACAAUUGAAUGUAAAACAAAUUUACUUGUAGCCCGGAAGAGAAACACUAUCACUUAGGAGGUAAAGCAAAGCCAUACAAAGAAUUGGCCAUACAUUGGCCCAUGAGCAUUUUAUUUAGAUGUGUAUAAUACCAUUUAAAAAACUUUAUUUGCAUGUCGGUAAAUGAAAAAGGGAAAAAAAGGAAAAGAAAAUUCGUCUGUGGAUUAUUAAUUAGGUUAGUGUAAAAUGUCAAAAUGUCUAGCUGAAUUCUAACAUUUAUUGUUCAAUUAUUUGUCAGAUACAAUGAAGGUUACAACAAACAAAGCAAACUCUAAUGACAACAAACAAAAAUAAAUUUCAACAAUUCUAGUAACUCCCUAAU